GCCCUUUGCUCCACAACAUCGACAAUGGCACCAAGAACGCGCAGACAACGAGCUCAGGCAGCUCAUGAAAGCGAGGAGAUAGCAGAGAUUCAAGUCGAGAAAGAGUUGCUCAACUCUGAUUCAGAGAUAGAACAAGAGAAUGACGAGAAUAUAUUUGUCAUGGGUGAUAGGGAUAAUGAGUAUGGAGCCGACGAAAACUCAUUCAGUAUUUCUAUACCACCACCACUCCGUUCGCUGGCAAAUGCGCCUCGCACGCCUUCUCAUGAAGAUGCGCUUCGCGACAUCACCGAUGAAUUCUUUCAUCCACCUUCACCGUCUCCGAUUAAAGCAGUUCCCGCGUUUGCAAACCUCAAACCACCUCGACGGCCAAAGAAACCAAAAAGCCUCGCGUUCCCAGCUAACCCGCCUAACUGGCAGCCAACAUCACCGCUCCCUCCCAGCUCGCCGCUCGCUUCUACUUCCACAUAUGGACCGCAGAACUACGCGUCAACAUUGCAUGCCAAUGCCUACGAGUAUGAAAUGACUGCGUUUUAUCGUCAUACACAAGAUAUAGACCCUAGAAGUGGUGACUCAGACCCAUUCGGUUUUUUAGCGGCCGAGAAGGUACUGAAAGAACGACGCGCUGCACGUCUACCGAGCGAGAAGCGCAAAUACGUUCAAUCUACUGUUUUACGCGUCACACCACAUUCCACACGUACCAGAGGACAGCUUAAUCGCGCUACACCUACUCCAACGCGCCCAGCCUCUUCCUCAGUCCCCAUCCCGACAAACGAUGAAGACAUCGAUGAUCUCUAUCUCGACGAACCAAUCACGACAUCUAUUCCAGUCCCUGCGCCGAUCCUGCGUCAUUCAUAUAUCCCAACGCCAUCGUCUUCCCCUGCUUCCUUUCGCUCGGAGAUAGUAGUCCCAGCCCUACUUAAACCUCGCUUGGACAUUUUACGAGACCAACCAACACGCAGUCGCGACCCCCUCCGUACGCCGCGAAAACGUAAACGUGAUAUUGAAGCUGCCACUCCCGGCUCCAGCGAUGUGGUAUCCAGCCCAUCACCUGUGAAGAUUAGCGUGGCCGCUAGAGGACCCCAAACACCGUCAGAUUGCCUGGAGUCAGCGGAGGAACACACUCCCGUUCCGAAACGUACUACACGUGCACAGGCGAAAGGGAAGGGCAAAUCCAAGGAUGACACACCUAAGCCUCGCAAACGUGUCCGCACUACUAAAGAAGUUGCUUCGCUGAGCCCCAGACAGGCAUGCAAGGAUUUGGAGAAGCUCUUGCCACGCAGAGCAACUAGGCGGAAGGCGGCUGCCAUAGCAAAAAUUGGGGCUAAAGGAAGGGUUAGGAUGGCUGUGGAUCCUGUGGGUGAUAGUGACAGUGAUGAGGAGCAGCUGAAGCGGAGGAAGCCUGCAUCGAAGGCGCAGCCAUCAUCAAGUGCAAAGCCUGCCCCAAGAAGAAGUACUAAACCCGUGUCAAAGGGUGUCAAAAAGUCAUCCUUGAAGCCUCGGAGUAAGGGCAAAGAGAAAGCGAAGCCCCUCAAUGACUCGAUGGAAUUGUCAGAUGAUACCCGAGAGCGAUACGAAGAGGAACGCCUGGCGCGCCUUGAGUACUUCCGCAAGCUAGAUGGUUAUCAAAUAAAGAAGGAAAAUGUAUAUGUAAUUUGAAGUUUCUGGACAGGGUGUGGAAUUUUACGUUUUGAGUCUUGCUUUUUUUUUUUUUUGC